AUGACCGUGAGAGUCUUAGUUUGGGAUGAGGGCUCUGAAGAAAUGAACAGGGGGUUGCAGCGUGGAGUGGGAGAGCCACUCAAGAGAACGGAAGGAAAGCAGCUCCUAAGAGGGAGUGCUCUUGAGCAGAGACCGACCGAGGGGAGGGCAGCCCACUAUGUGAAGAGCUGGGGAAACAGUCCAGGCCGAGGGAACAGAGAGUGCAAAGCUCUUCAUUGGGAACUGGCUGGUCAUGUUCAAGGAGAUGGAAGGCACCCGUGGCACAGAACAGGGCAGAGCUUCGUGACUGAGAAAGACGGACUCACUAGGACAAACAUGAAAAGCGCGGCCAAACCCUGGAAUCCGGUCAUCAAAGCGGGCAGCCAUGGGGCAGACCGUGCACGGCCCCUCCCUGCGGCCUCCUCCGGCAUGAAGAGUUCGAAAUCUUCCACCUCGCUGGCUUUUGAGUCCCGGCUCAGCAAGCUCAAGAGGGCCAGCAGCGAGGACACGCUCAACAAACCAGGAAGUGCUGCCACUUCCGGGGUCGUUAGGCUGAAAAAGACUUCGACAGCUGGAGCCAUCUCCGAGCUUGCUGAGAGUCGCCUGAGGAGCAACCCAGGGGCUGUGACAACAGCCAAACGGACGGGCAUUCCAGCUCCUCGCGAACUUUCAGUAACUGUCUCCAGGGAGAGAACGGUGCCACGAGGUACCCCCAACCCCAGGAAGUCGGUGUCCAGUCCCACUUCUUCCAGCACACCCACCCCCACUAAGCACCUGAGGACCACUUCCACGAGACCGAAGCAAGAGAAUGAAGGUGGGGAAAAGGCCGUGCUCGAGUCCCAAGUUCGGGAACUUCUGGCAGAAGCCAAAGCGAAAGAUAGUGAAAUUAACAGGCUUCGAAGUGAACUGAAGAAAUGCAAGGAGAAAAGGACUCCAAGCAUCGAAGGAGCUGACGCUUCAGACUCCAAUCUAGAUGGAACAUCCGCCUCGCCAAGUGACUCAGAGCCUUUGAUAAGAGCUCUUGAGGAGAAGAACAAGACUUUUCAGAAAGAGCUUGCAGAUCUCGAGGAGGAAAACCGGGCCUUGCGGGAGAAACUGACUUACCUGGAGCAUUCCCCAAAUUCAGAGGGAAGCGCAAGUCAGACCGGUGAGAGCAGCUGCCCGACAUCCCUAACUCAGGAGUCAAGCUUCGGAAGCCCGACUGGACCUCAGUUGUCGGGUGAGAUCGAGGAGUACAGGAACAACAUACACGAAAAUGCAUUACGGACGUCGGGCUCUUCAAGCAGCGACGUUACCAAAGCUUCUCUGUCCCCGGAUGCGUCCGAUUUCGAGCACAUCAUAGCAGACACCCCCUCCCGGCCCCUGUCUUCCACCAGCAACCCCUUCCAGAGCUCCAAGUGUUCCAUCGCUGGCGGUUCCCCAAACAACGUGAGCGAACUGUCCCUGGCUUCCCUCACGGAGAAGAUACAAAAGAUGGAAGAAAACCAGCACAGCACGGCCGAGGAGCUGCAGGCUACUUUGCAAGAAUUGUCAGACCAGCAACAAAUGGUGCAGGAGCUGACAGCUGAAAACGAGAAACUGGUGGACGAGAAGACGAUUUUAGAGACGUCCUUUCAUCAGCAUCGGGAGAGGGCCGAGCAGCUGAGUCAGGAAAACGAGAAGCUGUUAAAUCUCCUACAAGAGCGAGUGAAGAAUGAAGAGCCCAACAUGCCGGAAGGAAAGAUCCUUGAGCUGGAGCAGAAGUGCGCAGAAAUUCUUGACCAGGGCCGCUUUGAAAGAGAGAAACUGCUCAACAUUCAGCAGCAGCUGACCUGUAGCUUACGGAAGGUUGAGGAGGAAAACCAAGGCGCUUUAGACAUGAUUAAACACCUGAAGGAAGAAAAUGAAAAACUGAAUGGGUUUCUGGACCUGGAGCGGCGUAAUAGCGGCGUGAUGGCCAAAAGUCUGGAGGAGUGUAAAGCUACCCUCGAAGGGCUGCAGGUGGAAAAUGGGUCGUUGAAGGCUCAUUUGGAGAAUGAGAAGCAGAAAGCUACGGAGACCAGUCCCGCGGGGCACACGGCAGAGGGUCGUGAAGUUCAAGAAAUGUUGAGGGUCACUCGGGCUGAGAAGGAUCAGCUGGAGCUGUCUUGCACCGAGCUCAAGCAAGAAUUAGUGAAGGCCCAUGGUGAAAUUAAGCAUGUUUCGAGCCUCCUGGCCAAGGUGGAAAAGGAUUAUUCUUACUUGAAGGAGAUAUGUGAUCAUCAGGCAGAACAGCUGAGCCGAACCAGCUUGAAGCUGCAAGAGAAAGCGUCAGAGAGUGACGCGGAGAUUAAAGACAUGAAGGAAACCAUAUUUGAAUUGGAAGAUCAGGUGGAACAGCAUCGUGCUGUCAAGUUGCAUAACAACCAGCUCAUCAGUGAGCUGGAAAGCAACGUGAUGAAGCUGGAGGAACAGAAGUCAGACCUGGAAAGGCAGCUGAAGACUCUGACUAAGCAGAUAAAGGAGGAGACGGAGGAAUGGAGGCGGUUCCAGGCGGACCUGCAGACGGCGGUGGUGGUGGCCAACGACAUCAAGUGCGAGGCCCAGCAGGAGCUGCGCUCUGUGAAGAGGAGGUUGCUGGAGGAAGAGGAGAAGAAUGCCAGGCUGCAGAAGGAGCUAGGGGACAUGCAGAGCCAGGGCAGACCUGUGAACGAAGAGUCAGGGCCGCCCGAGGUUGAGGCUCCCGGCCGGUGGCAUGGCGUCUACGUGAACAGAACAUCUCCAACACCUUCAGAAUCUGCGACCACCGUUAAGUCCCUCAUCAAGUCAUUCGACUUGGGACGGCCAGGUGGAGCCGGACAGAAUAUUUCUGUCCAUAAAGCCCCCAGAAGUCCCCUGAGUGGGAUUCCAGUGAGGACUGCUCCCGCCGCCGCUGUCUCCCCAAUGCAGAGGCAUUCAACAUACAGCAGCGUUGGGCCAGCGAGCAAAGGUGUGACUCAGCGUUUGGAUCUUCCAGACCUUCCCCUCUCAGGAAGAGGUGAUUAUGUUGUUCUUCACACAGAUCUUCUAAAGGGAAGGGGUGAGGACCUAAAACCGGACCCUUACCUCCGGAAGAGUCCCUCGCUGGAGUCUCUGAGCAGACCCCCUUCUCUGGGCUUCGGAAACACGAGGCUGCUGAGCGCUUCCACCGGGGGCUUGAAACCACAGAGCAAACUCAGCGUGGAAAGAAGAGACCCGCUGGCUGCCUUGGCCCGGGAAUAUGGCGGCUCCAAGCGCAACGCUCUCCUGAAAUGGUGCCAAAAGAAAACAGAAGGCUACGCGAACAUCGAUAUCACCAAUUUCAGCAGCAGCUGGAGUGAUGGCUUGGCCUUCUGUGCUCUCCUUCAUACCUACCUGCCUGCCCACAUCCCAUAUCAGGAGCUGAACAGUCAGGAGAAGAAAAGGAAUCUCUUGUUGGCAUUUGAAGCAGCCGAAAGUGUAGGCAUCAAACCCAGCCUGGAGCUCAGUGAGAUGCUGUACACGGACCGGCCCGACUGGCAGAGCGUGAUGCAGUACGUCGCCCAGAUCUACAAGUACUUCGAGACGUAGAGCCCGACGGCCCGAGAGCCGCUGUCUGCCGAGGCCUGCAGCUGGUCCUCGAAGCACCUGGUCACUUUCCGCAGGCCCCGCUCCAUCCACCGCCCACAGCGCUCCACUGGGGGGGACUAGCACGCAAAUAAGAAGCCGAGCUGGGUUCCGCCAUGCAUCCAUCCGCUUUAAAUCCAGAUGCAUUUGGAGCGUGGGCUGGGAAGCUCUGCUCCCCCACGGGCCUCCCUCCUCCCAGUCCCGGCUCCCUCCAGGAGAACCCACUAGGACAUCUCUGGUCAUGCAGUGCAACUUCCCCCAUGAGCUGCCGAGAUCCACCACAAACAGCACUUCCAAAGCAAUCAUCUUUUCACUAAAAACCCAGGCUUCUGCCUUUAGAAAAACUCUGCCCCAGCCCCCACCCACCCCCUCCAAAAAAGAAACACCCCACAAAACACGAAAAGACACACAUUCCGCUCACGCGCUGCCUGGAAACCCUGAGCCCUGCCUUUUUGGGAAAUGUGCUUGCGAGCUAGAUAACAGUUGGGACCCCUAGAACGUGAUCCCACUGUUUAGAUCUUGCUGUCACUUACUGUAGAAUCUUUGGAUGGAAGAGAAGUGUGAGAGUACAGAGCAGCCGCGGGGUGGGUGGCUGCAGAGUCCCCGUGGGGUGGCCCACAGACAGAAGUGUGCGUCUGUGCGCUCUCACGGGCUCACACUCAGAGCUCCCAUGCUGCAAGGGAGACGUCAGCCCCUGUCGCCCCCUCCCUUUGCGUGUCCUCGUCGUCCCCCGCCCCCAUUCCCAUUCCCGUUCACGCCCUCACACGUUCGUCCCCAUGCAGAACGCUCCUCGCGUGCCCACCCAGGUCUUCGUGUGUUUGCACACACAGGCCCAAGAGGUGUGUGUGUCUGGAGAGACGGGGCAGACAGCAAAUGUUCACACUAUUUCAACUCCGGACUUGGUUUUUAGCACCUCAUCAGGCCCUUCACUUUUGCAGCCGAAGCAAAGCCCUGAGGGGUGGGCAGAGAUGGCUCCUUCCCUUCGAGCUCCCCCAGGAGCAGGGGCGUGGGGGUGGGCUCGGGAGUGCAGGUGGGCGCCCUGGGCGGGAAUCAGAGGAUCUGGAACAGCGGGGGCAGGGGAUCCACUCUGUGUAUUUUCAGAGUUCCCCUGACAACCGCCCGAGAGAAAGAGAGAGAGAGCGAGAGAACGCCUUUGAUCUCGCUUCCCAGGGCCGGGCCGGGCCAUGAGCAAGGUUGCUGCUGGGCGCUUUGGCAAGGGUGACCCCCUCGGUGGCUCCUGUGUCUUCACCUGGAAGGCAGAGGGACAGUCUGAGCAAAUUUAAUUUACCCCUUCCUGAUGCACAAAUGGAAGGGACUCCUUGUGUUGCCUCACGCAUCUGUCCUCUGUUGACAUAACUGAUGCAUUUUCAUUACCCCGGAACUUCUGCCUUGCUCUCCAGGGCAGGGGCGGGAAGGUAAUAUCCCGAGUCGCUGGGUCGAGCGGUAGGGUUGUCGUGUUUAAUCUGGGAUUACUGCAGGGUCUGUGUGGGAGGCAACUGAGGUUCUUGGGACACAUGGAGGGGGUGCUUAACAUUAUUGGUGCCCUGUUUGUAGUGAUUACUGUAAAUGAGCCCAAUGAUCCGGUUCUGGGCCAGGCCGCGUCUCUGCAGUGGUGCUGCUGCUCUUUUCCCUCCCCCCACGCUUGGAGCCUGCUCCCUUUAGGUGAAAAAGAAGGGAAAAAUGUCAUGUAAAAGAAAGGCCAUGUACGAUUUAUUUUUAUAACUGAAAGAAGCUCCUUGACUACCAUUUUCUUUGCCAGUGGUCAUGUUUCUAGAAGGGGAAGGGUGUGUCCUGCUCAUAGGAACACAGGUGGUGUUGGGGGCCCAUCUGGCCCUGCAGGGACCAGGCCUUCCAGCACUUGCGGGGCCUGAGUCGGGGGGGGGGGGGACACUGUCCCUGCCCCGGGGUUUGGGCCACAGGAUGGGGUUUUUAGACCCAUUUUUAGCCGGAGCGUUCCGAGCACAAGGUGAACGUGGGAAGCAAGGUCGUGUCAGCCAAUUGUACUAUUUCCAGUUUUCUGUCCCGAGGCUUGCAAUAGCCACUUGUGUUCUCAUCUUCCUUCAGCCGCUAGUCAUUUAAAGUCACAUGGUGGUUCUGCAGAUUUCUCCCCCCACCCCCCGCCUUUUUUUAAAAUGCAUUGUUCUAGAAAAGACAGGUGCAAAAUGCAAGACCCAGAAGAGUGUGGUUUUUUAAAGACCUAGAGAGAUGUGUGUGGUUUUCUUCGUUGUGAGAUCUUUCAUGGAUGGGAGCUGUGUUGCCUGAGGGUUAGCGCCCCAGCCCCUGCUCCCUGGGGUUUGCGUUCUGAGGAACCCGGCAAACGCCCACUUGUCUCCUCCCAGUCCCUUCUGACUUCAGAAAUGAGGUUAGUCUCUGGUUUUCGUUCUUCAUUCAGCUGUUGAUUUGGAGCUUUUGUUAAGACCAUCCGAAGCAUCCCAAAGCCAUUAGCCAUCUGGCGGUGACAGUAUCUGCAGGUUCUCUUCCCCCAGACACCCCGGGCCGUGUCUCUGAAGCUCCCCCUCCCACUCCCCCAUCGGGGCAGGGCGGGCAUCUCACUGGCCUGUGGAAGGAGAGGACUCGGGCCCUUCUCGCCACACCCCAGCUUGCCUGCCCUUUGGGGAUGAACCCCUGAGAUCGUGCGGUAAGAGAUCUAGAGCCUAGCUCCCUUAAGAAGUAUUUUUUAAUAUCUCCUUCACCCAGGCUUCCUGGGUGUUUCACUUUCCUUGACCCAGCUUAGACUUUGGCUAAGUCUAGACCGUCCUCCGUAGCUCGCUGAUUUUAACUACGUUAGUCGGAUGCCGUUGAUACAUCCGUGGCCUCGUUUCUACAAAGAGCACACCCAGCACCAUCAGGCCGUGACACGCCGACAUGGAUGUAUUGACUGUGAACAUGGCAGCGAAUGGUGUAUGACUGUGGAAUAUUUCUAAUAAAUCUAUUUUGUUUCGGUC